AUGGGUGAUCUGGAGGCGCAACGCGACAUCUUGGGGGGUGUCCGUGUCCGUAUUGACCCCCCGAUGUGGUGCACGUACAUCGCAAUAACAUCGAGAAUAGUCUUCACCAUAUUUAGAAACGGCGCUUUAACUCCUGCAGCAGAGAGAACUGUCCUCGUUGCCUUCGUGGCACCGUUCGGGUCUACGUACAUCUGGGCGGUUUUGGUGGGGGCCUAUCGCUGUCCUUCUAGCGCAACGCCGCCGCCUGCUGGUGUAUUCAACGUUGUAAUAUAUGAAGACGGAGUCGAAUUUGCGCGGGUGCCGUUUAACGGAACGCACUUGUUGUUUGGCAGCAGCAACAAAUAUGCCAACAUUAUCGACAACCACUCAACUGUCUCUAGCCAGCAGUGUGCGCUGUACUUUUCAACCCGGCAGCUGCACCAGCAAGGGGGCUGUUUCUUUUUGCAGCCUUUGGGAGGCCAGACGAGGCUGUUGUUGAACAAGACUGUUCCGUUCUUAGAACAGACAGUCAAGGAGGCACUUGCUGCGCGAAAGAGCCGCCGUAGUGUAUCAUCCUACGUCUCCAAACACAAGGCCGAGUGGAUCGACUGGGCCCCCCAGGCAAAUGAGGGCACCCUCGUAGCAGCUGGCGACGAGCGCCUACCUCUCACCGACCAGAGGAGCUGCUUCAUUAUGGGGGAGUCCCGGCGGGUGUAUUACAUCGACCUCACAGAUAUGGCACAUCGCUUGCUUGUCGCCGAGGGCAAAGCGGAGGCGAAGCCGGAGAAGAGGAAAGAGAGAAAGCACAAGAGGAGGAGGAGAAGGUGUGCAGUUUCAAACACAAUAUAG